AUAUUCAUUCGCUCCGAUCUUAUAAUUUUAUAAUUUCCUAAUAAAAAAGAAAAAAGGAAAAAAACACGCCAACCCAAAAUCUCCGAAUCUCAAUCUCUCCUGCAAGGCAACUUCGCGAAAAUCACAAAUCGGGUUGUUUCUGAUAUUCUCUUCGGUGAUGAUGAGCUUCUCCUCCUCCUCAUUAUCACUCCCAUCAUCGUCGUUGAUCUUAAUCUUCAUCUCAUAGUCUCUGAUCAAUAUUGUUUCAUCCAAAAAAAAAUAUUCGAAAAAAUAAAAAAAAGAAAUCGGAAAAUGUAUGUGACGGCGGUUCGAACGACGGAUCUGAAUCGGAACACAGAAUGGUUCACGUACCCUGGGGUUUGGACCACCUACAUUCUCACGGUCUUCUUCUCGUGGCUCGUCGUCCUCUGCCUCUUCUCUUGCUCGCCUGGCAUGGCCUGGACCAUCGUUCACCUCUGCCAUUUCCUCGUUACUUAUCACUUUUUUCACUGGAAGAAGGGAACGCCAUUUGCAGAUGAUCAGGGUAUCUACAAUGCGCUUACUUGGUGGGAGCAGAUAGACAAUGGCAACCAACUCACUCGAAACAGAAAAUUUCUGACUGUCGUGCCUGUUGUGCUGUACUUGAUAGCCUCUCACACAACAGACUAUCAAAAUCCAAAUCUCAUCUUUAACACCCUAGCAGUUUUUGUGUUGGUAGUUGCAAAGUUCCCAAACAUGCACAAGGUUCGUAUAUUUGGUAUCAAUGCUGAUCACUGAUCUGUAAAAGAUCAAGUUUGACUAUAGUUUUCUUGGUCUUUAUCAUAUUGGCCUUCGAACGUAACGCUAAAAUCCCUGUUGAAAUGUUGAAAAUGGAAACAAUGUAUUAUUUUUUUGAAUGAAGUGAAAUUUUUACCCCCUCCUUCUCUCUGUUACAUACCAGAUGACUGGCAAAACGUCUGCAUUUGAUUCUCUCUUUGUAAGAGCUAUUUUUGCUGAAUUUGAGUGCUCAUUCCUCGUUA